AUGAAGCGAAUUUCAAGAGCAUGCCUCAGAUGUCGGCAACGGAAAGCAAAGUGCAAUCUAGGCGUCUUGGGUCAACCUGGGGCCCCUCCAUGCCAGUCAUGUGCUCGCGACAAUGCGGAAUGUGUGCUUGUCAAUUCGAGGCGAGGUGGAAAACGUGUGAGGAAGAGUGCGAGCGUGGGUUUGAAUGAAUUGGUAUCGACUGAAUCUCAAGGGCUAUUGUCCGUAGCAGAGCAACCAUCAGAGUCAUAUGCCGCCGGCUUCUCAAGACCUGAGAGGUCAUUCAGUCCAGAAGAACCAAUUACCGCCGCAAAUAUCGAUGAGACUAUUGUUUCUACAGACUUACAUGCUACUUCAGAAGCUUUAAACAUGUUGAGUCAAGCGGCUCAGCUAGAUUCGUACGCGACGCCUUCUCGUUCACAUGUUUCCGAGAGACCAUCAGCUGCAUCUCCGGGAUCUCAUGUUCGUUCGAGAGUUGAUAUUGCUUCUCAAUUUGAUCAAAUGCAGUAUCCACUAGUAGCAAGGGGAUUGUUGACAACAGAUCAAGUCGCAAGGCUUGUGGCUCGAUUCAAGGAGUUCUACCAUCCUUAUCUCCCAAUAGCUCCAAGGAGGUCUUUCGAUCCAGACUCUCUGCAAUGGCUAGCAAAGCACGAGCCUCACCUCCUCACGGCUAUCAUCACAGUAGCCGCCCGGGAUCUCCCUCAAGGAGACACCAUCCUCCACACAUGUUCAAGCUACAUGUCCCAACUCGUCUCUGAGAUCAUUGCCGGGAAGAAAUGCGACGUUGAAGCCGUCGAAGCCCUUCUGUUGUUAGCCGAGUGGGAACCACAAGACUCGUUCUCGGAAGGGAAGGAAGUCGGGUGUGGGGAGGAAGAUCGAGCUGCGUGGAUGCAUGUGGGCUUAGCUUUGAGGAUUGGAUAUUUUCUGGGUUUGGAUAGGACUGCGAUUAAGCAUGAAGAUGAAGAUAAAGCGGCCCAUUUCAGUAGAAGGAGAGUUACCUGGGCUGUCUGUUAUAUCUCUGAUCGGCAGCUUUCUGCUCGUAUUGGAAGAGCGUUUUGGUCGAGAGGUCCAGUUGCUCUUGCUGGUAUUGGUAGACAUGGUCGUCAAACAUUUGAUGAUUUUCGUCCUCUUCUGCCAGAAACACCAGACGGGACGGACUAUGCCAGUGUUCUGCAAGCGAACCUGGACCUGACACAACUAUUUAGCAAUGUUCAUGAUGUGCUUUACUCUGGGAUGGGAAGUAGCAUGAAAAUGAUGUUAGCAGGAAAUUAUGUCAAAUACGUUGACGACUUUAGAAGAGCCAUCGAAGGAUGGAAAAGUAUCUGGGGGACCUUAACAUGUCCACCAAAUAUCAAAGCAACAUUACAAAUGUCCUACGAGUACCUCCGACUCUACACAAACGCAUACGCCUUCCAAGCAACCGUCACUAGAGCAGUAGCAGCCAAAUCCCAAGGUCACGUCGCCACAAACGAGUCUCCUCAUAAUGGUGUUCCAUCUCUCCCAGACGCUAGAUUCAUCUAUGAAUCGGUCGACGCUGCGAAAUCUCUCUUGAGCAUCAUAACCAGCUAUAUCGAUGCAGAGAACUGCUUGCGAUACUUGCCCCUCCGCUUCUCAUUAUACUGCGUCAACUCAGCAGUAUUCCUCUACAAAGCAUGGUCCUUCAACGUCCUCUCCACCCAAGAAAAACUCGGCAUCCGCCACAUGAUCAAAGACGUAACCCUCCGCCUGCAAAAAGCCUCCGUCCGCCCCAACGACUUCACAUCCCGCUACUCCGAGCUCCUCGACCGCCUCUGGCAACGCAAAGACCCCUUGCCUACCCAGAACGAACCGCAGAAUAUCGCGCCGCAGACAAGCGCAGGGUAUGUGCCAGCGCUAGGAGGAGGAGGGGGGUUUGCGCAACAGGAUGAGUUUUCGUGGUUAGAUCUUCAGGCGGUGGGAGAGUUGGUUACUGGGAGUGGAGAGCAGGGGUUUGGAGGAGGGGGAGGGGGAGGAGGGGUGGAGUAUGGGUUUGGGCAGUUUAGUGUGCCGAUGGGGGGUGCAGAGUGGGGGGAUUUUGGAGGUAUGGGAGGUGAGGAUAUUAAUCGGUUCUUUUGA